UCAUCAACAUCAAUUUCCCCCUCUCUCUAAAACCCUAAUAUCACGAUCUAUCAAUCUCCCAUGGCUCGUACAAAGCAAACCGCCAGGAAAUCUACCGGAGGCAAGGCGCCGAGGAAGCAACUAGCAACGAAAGCUGCAAGAAAAUCUGCUCCGGCUACCGGAGGUGUGAAGAAGCCUCACAGAUUUAGACCAGGAACUGUUGCUUUAAGAGAGAUCCGUAAGUAUCAGAAGAGUACAGAGCUUUUGAUCCGUAAACUUCCAUUUCAAAGACUUGUUCGCGAGAUUGCACAAGAUUUCAAAACAGAUCUGAGAUUUCAGAGUUCCGCUGUAGCUGCUCUUCAGGAAGCAGCUGAGGCUUAUCUUGUUGGUUUAUUUGAAGAUACUAAUCUUUGCGCUAUCCAUGCUAAACGUGUUACUAUUAUGCCUAAAGAUAUUCAACUUGCUAGACGUAUUCGUGGUGAGAGAGCUUAGAGAUCUUGUAGUAGUUUAUCUGUACUUCAAAUGUCUACUUUAGAUCGAUAUCUCCUUUAGGUUGUUAUUUGAUAUUGAUGAUUUAAUGUUGACUUGAUCUAUUUGAUUUUCGUUCAAAUCAGUGUUCAUUGUUUCUUCUUAAUUUGCUUACAUGUUCAAUUGCUUAUGUUGUAAUUUAGAAUUGAAUCAUGUGAUAUUGCAAUUUUAUAUAUUUCAGAAUUCAGAAUA